CGGAACGCUUCUUCAACAACAACUCGGCUACUGAUGCAGACAGUUCCGUAUCUUGCUCGUCAACAUAAAACCCACAAAUUCAAAUUCUUUGUCCGUAUUUGUGUAUAUUAAUCUGUGUUUUUAACGCAAUUUUGUUUGCAUAUCUCCUAGUUAAAUUGUAAAAUAGCUUGUUAGAUUGACUAAUUCGUUAAGAUUGAUGCUUAGCCUAGUACUAGGCUAGUCGCUAAUUCUAGCUAACUUUCAUCCCCGACCUAGGAGUGAAGUUGAGUCCGCUAUCCUUGCUCGAACAUGAGCUCACUAAGCUACUCCUUCCCUGCUAAAGAAGAAGAGGUCGGAUGGACGGAGAAAGAAGAUCUGAACAUUGUCGUGAAAGAAGACGAGGAAGUGAAAGACGAGAAAGAGCCUUUUGGAGUGAAAGAGGAAGAGGGGAUAGAGGCUGUCACAGUGGAAGAAGAGGAGGAGGUAGAAGCUUUCAGAAUCAAAAAGGAGGAAGAGGAGGCUAUCACAUUGAAAGAAGAGGAUGAUGUUACCGUGAAAUACGAGAAAGAGCCUUUAGGAGUGAAACACGAAGAAGGAAUAGAGGCUGUCACAGUGGAAGAGGAGGUAGAAGCUUUCAGAAUGAAAAAGGAGGAAAUCACAUUGAAAGAAGAAGAUGAGUAUUUUAUAGUGAAAGAAGAGAAAGGACAUUUUGGAGUGAAAGACGAAGAGGAGACUAGAGAUCUGAUUAACACUACAGGAGAGAUACCAGACUCUCACCCUGACUGUUGGAAGAGUCCAGACCCAGAGACGACCAAACCAGCAAGACCAUACCACUGUUCCCAGUGUGGAAAGAGAUUUAUUCAGUCAUCGCAUUUGAAAGAACAUGAGAGAAUACACACAGGAGAACAGCCAUUCCAAUGUUCCCAGUGUGGAAAGGGUUUUACAAAUGUAGGGAACCUGAAAACGCAUGAGAUGACACACACGGGAGAGAAGCCUUUCCACUGCUCCCAGUGUGGAAAACGUUUUACCCAGUUAGGGAAUUUGAAAACACAUGAGAUGACACACACAGGCGAGAAGCCUUAUCACUGCUCCCAUUGUGGAAAGAGUUUUAGACACUCGGGACAUCUUAAAGUACAUGAAAGAACACACACUGGAGAGAAGCCCUACCAAUGCUCCCAGUGUGGAAAGGGUUUUGGACACUCAUGGCAUCUUAAAGUGCAUGAAAGAACACACACUGGAGAGAAGCCGUAUCAAUGCUCCCAGUGUGGAAAGGGUUUUGGGCACUCAUGGCAUCUUAAAGUGCAUGAAAGAACACACACUGGAGAGAAGCCAUAUCAAUGCUCUCACUGUGGAAAGAGAUUUAUCCAGUCAUUGCACCUGAAAGAGCAUAAGAGAAAACACACAGGAGAGAAGCCUUUCCAAUGUUCUCAGUGUGGAAAGAGUUUUAUCCAGUCAUCGCAUCUGAAAGAGCAUAAGAGGAUACACACAGGAGAGAAGCCUUUCCAAUGCUCUGAGUGUGGAAAGACUUUUAGCCAGAUAGGGCAGCUGAAAUAUCAUGAAAGAAAACAUACAGGGGAAAAGCCUCAUCACUGCUCCCAGUGUGGAAAGGGUUUCAGAUACUCAGGGCAUCUAAAAGUGCAUGAAAGAACACACACUGGAGAGAAGCCGUAUCAAUGCUCCCAGUGUGGAAAGGAUUUUAGACACUCCGGGCAUCUUAAAGAUCAUGAGAAAAUACACACAGGAGAACAACCAUUCCAAUGCUCUCUGUGUGGAAAGAGUUUUACCCAUUUAGGGAACCUGAAAAUGCAUGAGAUGACACACACAGGAGAGAAGCCUUUUCACUGCUCCCACUGUGUAAAAGUUUUACCCAGUUAGGGAACUUGAAAACGCAUGAGAUGACACACACAGGAGAGAAGCCUUUCCACUGCUCCAAGUGUGAAAAGGGUUUUAGAACCUCUGGGAACC